UGUCACGCUUCUCAGUUCUUGCUGGAUUGUUAGAUUGCAGUGGAUUGUUUUCCUCGGGACAUUUACAACAAGGUUAAAAUAUCAAAAACAUCUCAUGACACCAAUCCAAGCCGUUCGGGGUAUAUCAGGGGGGACCCGGAACAUUCAUUUCCCCACCCAUAUACAUCCUCAUCCGUUGUUUAUAUGUUUAAAACUGAUGAAUAUAUUCAGCUCAGUGGAAAAAGCGCUUGUUGGUGCAUUGUUGUGGUUUGCGAUGUGUAGCUGGUUCGCAGGCUCUUCGGCUAAAAUAUAGAUACAUGAAUCGCUUCCAAGUCGUAUUUUUGCAGAUCGGUUUAGUUUUUGUAUCAACACAACAGCGUUAGCUGGCCUGGACAAAAUGAGCAGAAAACAGCAUCAUUUUAAAGGAGCAGAGGUCAGCUGCUGUGUUAAAUACUUCUUGUUCGGAUUCAACAUCCUAUUUUGGUUGCUGGGAGCUGCAUUCUUGGGUAUUGGACUUUGGGCUUGGGCAGAAAAGGGAGUGCUGUCAAACAUUUCCUCCAUCACAGAUCUGGGCGGCUUCGACCCUGUCUGGCUCUUCAUUGUUGUAGGAGGGGUGAUGUUCAUCCUGGGAUUUGCCGGAUGCAUCGGUGCGCUCCGGGAGAACACAUUCCUACUCAAAUUUUUUUCAGUGUUUUUGGGCCUCAUCUUUUUCCUGGAGCUCACAGCUGGCAUUUUAGCCUUUGUGUUUAAAGAUUGGAUCAAAGACCAGCUGAACUUCUUCAUCAACAACAAUGUUAAAGCAUAUCGGGAUGACAUUGACCUCCAGAACCUCAUUGACUUUGCUCAAGAAUACUGGUCGUGUUGUGGUGCUCAUGGGCCGAAUGACUGGAACCUGAACAUCUAUUUCAACUGCACCGACUCCAACCCCAGCCGGGAAAGGUGUGGCGUUCCCUUCUCCUGUUGUGUCAAAGACCCCGCUGAGGAUGUCCUGAAUACACAAUGUGGCUAUGAUGUGCGGCUUCAAGGGGAGUUGGAUCAGCAGAAGUACAUUUAUACAAAGGGCUGUGUGGGGCAGUUUGAAAAGUGGCUUCAGGACAAUCUGAUCAUCGUUGCUGGGAUUUUUGUGGGGAUUGCAUUAUUGCAGAUUUUUGGGAUAUGCCUGGCUCAAAACCUGGUGAGCGACAUCAGAGCGGUCAAAGCCAACUGGUGACUUUUUGCAUAGAGCGACAGGUGACAGUGACCUCUGAUUAUGGCAGAGAGCUUAUUGCAAAUAAACACUGUUUACACACCACUGAGCUGGUAAAUUCCACCCUUUUAACCCUACAGACUUUGUAUGUUCGCUGACUUUACAAAGUGGACUGUCCAUCUAGGUUUUUUCUUUUUUUUUUGUGGUUCCUUAUCUGAAAACAAGCUCUUAAUGGAGACUAUCCAGAAGGAGCUUAACACGAGAUGUCACAUCGAUAUCAAGCUAUCUGCGAUCUCGCAGCUGUCUCUUUAUUGAAUGCUAUUUUCGUUUGCCCUUAAUAAAUGUUCACCAGACUCUCCUUCAUGUUGGCGAAUAAAGUGGAGGGUGUUUCCAUUAACCUGUGGAUGACUUUCUUAUAGAAAAACACACAAAUCAACCACUAGGACUUUAAACCGAGGAGCCAUGAACUAAACAAAGCCUUACAGCAGUGCGUUUUACUAUACACUUGAUUGGAUUCCGAUUUUUACACAAUAGUCUGUCUGUCAGUCAUUUGAGCUGACUCUUACCUCUGAUUGGCUCUCUGUUGCACAGGGUAGCCAAUCAGAAUGACAUACUUGAUAAUGACAUGUAAUGCAUUUAUUUUUGUGAGUUCUACCACUACUGUUGGGGAGGUGGAGAAUAGUCUGUUAUUUGUCUGUAUAGCUAUGUUUUAUUAUUUUUCUCUUGUUUGUUUUGGUUGUCUCUGUGGCAAAGUGUAUAAAUCGACUUAACCGCGGUCCCAGACUUGCUUAUGAAUCUUUGUUUUCGCUAGUCUGCUAGAUGUUGAUAUGCUAUAGUGACAUUAAUAAUGUAUUAUUAUAAAUAAUGCUGCUUUAACUCAUAGAAGAUAUACAUCGCUAUACUAACCAACUUAACUCUUUAAUACAUUCCUUCUGGGAAACACACUUCAGAUCACGCAGAGUGUUUUGUGAAUGAAUCUAACGUUGAGUGCACAUGAAGUGGACCGACUGAAUUAGCCGUGCGUACGAUCACAUGCCUUAUCGAGCCCUAUAGAGAUGGUAGCAGAAGCCAAUGACAGUUACACAGCACGCGGACCUUUAGGAAGGCUUUUUUUAACUGUUCAGUCUCUCUUGCUCACGCCAUAUGCAUGCAAUCAUCUAUUUAAAAAAUGCGUGGCAAUGCAGACCUCUCUAAAAGCAUGCACACAUACAUAUGUGUGUGGAUGUGUAUCCAUCCCAUUGUGAAUACCAUACCAGUGCGUUUUCACCUAGCUACUCCCCUUGUGUUCAGAAGGAGUCUGCUUUGAGUCACGACUUUAACGCUGAUAAUGUGCAAAUUAAGAUAAAUGAUAUAUUGCUGACUGUGUAUGUAAGAACGUGCCUGGAUGGUUAUAGCAGUGGAGUGUCACGUCAGCUAGACUGAUCUGAUACAUCAAGCUUUGCUCUGUUUCAAUGGUCUAUAUAACCUGUGUUAUCAGAGUGAAUAGUAAAAUGUGAGAUUUCUCUUCGGUGGUCUUUUUCGGUAUCAGAGAUUUUGGUAUAUUGUGUAUAUAAGAGGCCAAUCUUUUAUGCAGAUAUAACAUUACGUGCUAAAGAUGAUGUUUAGUCCCCUUUUUGUGAACCCAAAUUGAUGACCCUCAUGAAAGCUGUCAAGAACAUGUCCAGGUUGUAAAAGAAAAGAGUGGGAUAAUAUAGUUUGCUUAAAGAAAAUAAAGUAUAUUUACUCCCAAAUUCUCAUUUACAUUAUAAAAAACAAAGCAAACAAACUAUAUAUAUAUAUAUAUAUAUAUAUAUAUAUAUAUAUAUAUAUAUAUAUAUAUAUAUAUAUAUAUAUAUAUAUAUAUAUAUAAAAUUUAAUUUAAGACAUAUUGUUUAAUUUAUUGAUAUUUAUUGAUGCGAUAUUUGGUUGUACUGCCAUUGAUUUUAAUUUUAAAAAUCUUUGUAUUACUGUUAUACAGGAAAAACUGUAUUAAAGCAGCAAGAAAUAAAUGAAUAAGUUUAAUUAAUUUAAUUAAUAUAUUAUAAUAAGAAUUUACAAUGAAAAUGUGAUGAAAAUAUUGCCACAAUGCAAAAAAAUAGAAUAAAACAAUCUAUAAGCUUGAUUUUCUUUAUGCAGAAAAACAUAUUUUGGGGUGAACUGCGAACUGGGCAUGUUUUUGUAAGAUUUUGUUUUUGUAAGAUCCAAAAUUCAGAGUUUAUUAUAUUUUUCCUCUCAUUUUCUUCAUCAUGCAAUGGCCUUUUCUGUAUUUUCUCCUUAAAAAUAAAUAAAUAAAUAAAAUAAAUAAACAAAGAACGCUAAAAUUUCCUUUUCAGGGAGCCUCUUGCAUAUAAUGAAUAUAAAGAUCAUCUCUUACUAAUGUUAUGUCAUAUGCAUCUAACCCUUCAAAAGUGCAUUGCAGAAACGUGAAUAAAACUAAUGUUUGUCUGACUGUAGGCACACAACUGAAACGAAUUGCAAAUCUGUGUUCGUGUAGUGAAUUAGACAUUCCUUGUGCAUGUGUUGGCCUAAUUUUUUUCAUGAAGUGCAUUUUGCAUUUCAGUGGUUUUUCUGUGCUGGUUCAUCAGAAACGUGAAUUUUGAUAAUUAGUAUUAAAACCAUUGAGCCUUUUUGCUGGCCUUUCUCUUUACCAGCUGUGAUAGUUUGUACGUUACAGUCAUUCAAAAUGUUAGCAAAUCUUUAAGCACAGUUUUAUCGAGAACAGUUGUACAGAACAGUACUGCGUGGAUGGAAAACAUUUUGUGAUUCUGAUGAAUGCAUAUCAGAAUAGUUGUUCCAUGAUUUAAAUAUGUCUUGAUCUUUUUUCCCAACAUGAGUCUUGACAUCACACUUGUCACUUUUAUGUGCUUUGAAAAAUGAAUUAAGAAAGCCUUCAAGAUUUUUUUGUUUUUGUUUUGUUUACAUUCCCAUACUCGUUUUCAAAGUGUCUUCAUAGAAAUGUUUGGAUUCUACCUCAUCAUGGUGAAAUUACUUUAAAGGUGGUUUUUUGGGGAUUCAUAACUCUAAUUCAAGUUUAGUGAGCAGUUUUAGAAGAGUUGCAAAAAACGUUUUAAACCAAACUUUAAGAAUCUUCGACACAAAUAAUGAUAGCAGAUCUUCUCUCACAGUCUCCGCUUUUCUUUAGAUGCUUUUUAGGCAAAUUAUAAUUUUGUUUAUAAGUCAUGGAAUGCAAAGAAUAUAAUGUGGAUUAGUUAUAUGAAUGGUGAAAGAGACACUUUUGAUUUUUAAACCUAUUGUUUCAUACUUAUCCAGUGCCAUUAUGUGCAGCACUAUUUCAGGAGUCUGCAAACAAACAGUUCUCAGCUGUAAUUAGAUGUCCUUUAAUUAGUUUAUUGACUUAGUGUUCAUUAUCCGAUAAUGUCAAAAUGCCCUUUUAAACUGGAUAAUGAAUAUUGCACUUGCGGACCUAAAGCAUUUCCUGUGCCCCCAUUAUUUGAGUCAAUGAUUGUACUAACCUAUAAUAACACUCAUACUUAUGUGGCAUUUUCACGUUCCUAUAGAAAUUUAGGAUCGUACCAGUAUUUGGAAACAUAUUGGCGAUACCACUGUUUUGCAGAAGCUUUGUUUUAUUUGAUGUUAUUUUAUUUAAAAUUCUUGUUCAAAGGUUCUUGUUCAAAGGUGAUAUCCAUAAAUUGACUUUUCUUGUGGGAGAUGGUCUGUUACACUGUAUACUAUGAUGUGAGAUAUGCAUUUUCUUUUUUAUAAUAAAAUGGAUUUAUGACA